UUUCGGAAAUCAGAAUCCAAAUCUGGGAAACGCCCGAAACACCCACGUGCUCGCAUUUAUUCCAGUUGCCAAAGACGAAUUCGCAGGGGAAGAACAAUAGUAGAAUACAACAUCACCGUCAACUCUUUUCUUCUGAAAGUCCCAAUUCUUCGAACGUUGAUCCUUUUUGGCGUCCCAGAAAUAAGCAGGAAUUAGAUUUUUGGUCAUCUACAAGGGACUGUAUAUUUGUUGAGUAGCUGCCUGCAUGAAGUUGGGAGAAAUUAGCAACUAUAAGUUGUAUCAUAUCUCGAAUUAUAUGAGGAAGCUUCUAUUUGGUUUUAGGCAUCAGUUAACAUCCUACUUAAUUUGCUUCUUCCCUUCAUGAUUACAGGAAACAUGGGAAAACAAAGUGUUUCCAUGCUUUCCAACAAUUUCAUGGCUGCUAUUGGAGAAAUGAUGUAAAUGGAGACAGAAUUUCUUCUAUAUGUUCUCCAAAAAAUCUUAUGCUUGAAGGGGUUUAGCACCAUAAUCUUCAAUGGUGGACCCAAAGGCCCAACUUUGUCCAAAUAUUGUUUAUAGGCCUAUAAUGCCAUCUGAUCUUGAAGUUCUUGAGCAGAUACAUGCAGAUCUAUUUCCCAUCAGGUAUGAGUCCGAAUUCUUCCUAAAUGUAGUCAAUGGCUAUGAUAUUGUUUCAUGGGGGGCUGUUGACCGUAAUAGGCCUGGCUGUCAAAGUGAUGAACUUAUUGGAUUUGUCACUACUCGUACUAUCCCAGCUAAAGAAAGUGAAAUAGCAGAUAUGCUUAGAUGUGACUCUUCACGGACAGAUCAGACACUUGUUUAUAUUCUGACGCUGGGUGUAGUAGAGUCUUAUAGAAGUCUUGGAAUAGCUACUUCACUUAUUCGAGAGGUUAUCAAAUAUGCAUCAAAUAUUCCUACUUGUCGAGCAGUCUACUUGCAUGUCAUUGCUUACAAUGAUCCAGCCAUUCGUUUCUACCAGAAAAUGAUGUUCAAGUGCAUACAAAGGCUGUCAAAUUUUUAUUACAUCAAGGGUCAACAUUAUGAUUCGUACUUGUUUUUGUAUUACAUAAAUGGUGGCCGAUCUCCUUGCUCUCCACUAGAACUUGUCACUGCAUUGGCAACUUAUGUGAGGAGCCUGUUCAAGUCCUUGACUGCAAAAAUAUGGAAGAAAGAAGAGAAGAAGGUUCCAAGAUGGUUCAAAUGUAAAGACACCAGUUGCCUUCUAGUCACACAAAACAAGAGAAUCAUCACAACUGACAGUACUGGUUUUCAGUGUGUUUAGUAUGGUCUAUGGUGAUCCCACUUUGCUGCUGCCACUGAAAAAGAGCUCAAAAGCAACACAUUGGAGUGAUUUCAUCCUCAGUGACUCCAUUUCUAUUCGUUAUGCCCAGUAGCCUGUGUAAUAAUCUCUUCCUGUUGUAAGAUUUAUAUUUCAUUUAUGUGUCAAUCAUAAGAUGGCCUUGUUUAUACAAACUCUCCUUGAGAAUUUAUAUGUUUUGUGUGACUGAUUCGCUGUGCAUUUCCAUGCUUCAUACAAUCCACAUCACCAUUAUUAUUGAA